GUGGGAAAGGAGUGUCUUAAAAUUUCAAUUUUGAUGGACAUCAUUAACUAAUGACCCCUGAAAGCUUGUUUAUUAAAAAAAUCAGUUCCAUACCCUCAAUAUUUAUCUUAAUUCACCGUAUGCCGCAAGAAAAAAUAGGAAAAUACAACGAACCGCAUGCUAUGUACUGUUUUGGUCGUAAUUUACAAGCAGGGCACAACUAAAUUCUACCUUAACUGUUUUAACCUAAACAAAAUAUUUAUUCAAUGAUAUUCUUAUGACUGAACCCCCUCUUAACUUAAAAACCUUGACAUCACAACUGAUUGUCCCUGUAAACAAUUCUCUGGAAUUUCUGAAUCUAUACGUCACUCAUUUUACUCAUGAGAGUAGACAUAAGUGAGCAUUUAGAGCAGUGCUGGUCAACCCAUGUUUCUCGACAAGCUGGUAUUCAGCGAAAAAUCGAGAAAUUUCAUAAAACCAUAUCAGUCAAUGCUUAUUAGCAAGUUGAACAGUGAACACAGAAAAGGUUGAGCACCACUGAUUUAGAGCAUUGACUAAGAACAUAAAUGAAAUUAUCAGCUUGUUAAUCUUAAACUUAAUAAACGACAUAUAAAGUGGAUCGUUUAGAGUUCUCGUAGCAAAUAAUAGUGAAUAAUAAAAGCUAAAAUGAAAUUUAUAACUUUACUGAUGCUUAUUCUUCUUGUGGGAUUUGAAUUAGCAACAUCAAGCUACAGUAAUUUGGAUGCAAAAUCGAAGAAAGAUAUUGAGGACACAAAUAAUUUCUUGGACAGUGAAAGACAAAAUAUAUAUGGAGACAGUACUUUACUGCCUGCGAUUUCAAAACCAAUUGAAAGAACAAACUAUUUUAAUCAAAUUAAAACAAAAGUUUUAGAUUUUGUUGGAAUAAAGACGAAAACAGAAGAAAUUGCUACAACAACCAUGUCCACAAAACCAAUUAUUGAUUUGAAAAAUUCGUCAUCAACACCAAGACCUGAUGAAGAGGAGGAGGACACCAUAGCGACUGAUAUCGAAGAAGAUACAACAACUGUGAGAUUUGGCGUUAGAAGCAGAAACUGACAUCAUAUUAAGACUUAAUCCUUACCAAUAAUCAAUAAAGACAAAAAAUUAUAAAAUCC